UAAUGAUUCAGUGUGAAAAAUAUAACUCAAAAGAAUUGUUUUCUCUUACUCUCUCUAAUUUUCUGCAAUCUCUCUCUCUCUCUAAGUGUGAAACCUCCAUUGUUAAAGCUUCAAGCUUCUCUUCUUACAUCUCCAACUAUUAUUCAAUCUGCAUUUCCUUCUCUCAUCAGACGUUAAUAAUGGCGGCAAAUGAUUCGCUUGCUCAGUUCCCCUCCUCCGCCGUUGAUGCAGCCAAAAAAGCCGGCGAGGUGCAUUUGGUCACGGAGACUGAUAACCGACGGGGCCGUAUAUGUGGCGGUUGGUGGCCCAUAGAGAACAUCAGCGACCCCCAUGUGAAGGAGAUUGCAGAGUUUGCGGUGUCGGAGUACAACGAGCAAGCCAAAGGCCAGAACAAGCUGGCGUUUGAGAGGGUCGUCCGGGGCGACAGACAGCUGGUGGCGGGCAUGAACUACCGGCUUGUCAUUUCCGCUAAGAACAAGUCCGUGGCUGAUCCCAAUGAUGCCACUCCCGCGGAAUACGAGGGUAUUGUGUGGGAGAGGACUAGGCUGCAUUUUAAGCAGUUGACAUCAUUUCAUCGAUUGUCAAACCCUAACUAGGUUUCGUUUUAUAUUUUAGUUGUUGUGUUUAUGCAAUCAUGUACUCUGGACUCUAGUUUGCUUGAAGCUUAUCAUCUUUCAUUAUAAUAAAUAAAUCGAGGGAAUAAUUGAUCUUCAAUCUAAUUUUCUUCAU